CUGCAAACAGAUGUGGCUGUAUUUCUGUCAGCUUUGAAUAUCUUCCUUGCUAUCACAGCUUCUGUUGGCAAUGCCUUGAUCCUGAAUGUUCUCCCCAAAGUAACUUCUCUUCACUCACCAACAAAACUGCUAUUUGGAAACUUAGCGGUGACUGAUCUCUGCGUUGGACUUAUAUCGCAGCCUCUUUUCGUAACAAUUCGGCUUAGCGCUGUUAUAAAGAUGACCUUAGAUAUCCAGUACUACCUUAUGAACAUUGCAAAUGCCUUCGAUUUCAUUUUGUGUGGAGUUUCCAUCCUCACCUUAAGUGCAAUAAGUGUCGAUAGACUUCUUGCUCUUUUGCUGGGAAUAAGAUACAGAGCGAUUGUAAAUUUAAGGCACACUCGAGCUCUUCUGUCAUGUUUUUGGUUAAGUGGGAUUUCUGGUGUAUUACUGAGCUUGUUUACGAGCUUUAGCGUCGCUUCUAUAGUAGGCGUCAUUUUUGUAAUCAUUUCUACAGUCAUCUCGAUAUUUUGUUACACGAAGAUCUUUAUGACACUCAGACAAAACGAAACUCAAGUACAAAACCUAGGCCAGAGACGAGAGGGAAUGCCAUCUCGUAUAGGGAGAUACAAAAAGACGGUUUGGAGCAUUGCUUGGGUGCAGUUGGCAUUAAUCGCAUGUUAUAUUCCUUUUGUUAUCUGUGCUAUAGUGAUAAAGAUAAAGCAUUCGAGUGGUACGACAGCGAACACUAUUUGGAUAUUUACAUUCAGUCUGAUUUACGUAAACUCUUCAUUGAACCCAAUUCUCUACUGUUGGCGGAUCAAAGACGCGAGACAAGAAGUGAAGGCCACGAUCAGACGGUUUUGUUGCCGCUCAAGUUAAGUUAGACAGAUAGAACGACAGUAUUUUAAAGUGGCUAUGUCACGAGGAUAUUGCUCUUUUAGGUCAGUUCUGUGCUGACCUUAUCACUAAGUGCCUUUAACCAUAUCCAAAAUAUUCCAUUAGAGCCGGAUUUAAUUCGAAGAUGUCAAGUAUAUUUCACUGGCAAGCACUAACCAUAUAAAAUAUUUAUUCGAUUAACCUCCCGGAGCGCUUAUUACAGUUUUGGACCUUGAGAGUGGGCGCUCAAAUUCGAGGUGGGCGCUGGGCGCUUAUUGAAUUUUCACCGUUUUCAGCAAGUGUAGUAUGUUUAUUUUGCAACAAAACAAUAAAUGGAAAUAACGAAACGCGAAGAUGUAACAAAGCAAGGUUUCUGUAAACUACCCCUACUCUGAAUAAAAAUCCGUCUUCGGGGAGGUCUCUUUAUAUUAGUACUUAUUCAGUUUCAAUCUGAUUUUACCCAAGUGGGUGGGGUAGGGGUGGGCGCUUAUUCGAGGCUAGCCGCUUAUUAACUUUUUCUACCUUUAGGAUGGGCGCUUAUUCGAAGUGGGUGCCAAUUCGAGGUUGGGCGCUUAUUCGAAUAAAUACGGUAGUUGUUUGGUGGUUUCUGCAGGCGUAGCUUUAAAACAUGAAAACUUUGGCCCAACAUUUUCAAGUUUCAACCCAUUUCCAUCCUUGUCAUGCGUUGCAACAGUCGACAUCAAACACUUUCUGAUCCUUUUACGUUUCUGUGAAACUGCUCACCUACCCCUCCCCUAAACCAACAUUAACCCUUAGUUCUUACUUAGGGCAAAAUGUUGGCUAUGGGAGGGGUAGGUGGGCAGUUUCCCAGAAACGUAAAAUGAUCAACAGUGGAUUAGUUUCAAUGCCUAAAUAUAGACUUAAAUAAGAAAACUAAUAUUUUGGAAUAAAAUUGAGGCGAAUGCAGAUUUAGGCUUAAAGAUGGGAAAUAGCGUGACCUUAUGAGGGUUUCCAGUAUAAUUAACAAUUAUUCCUCGAGCCCGAAGAGCCUAUUGAGCCUAUUGACUCAGAGGCCAUGAGGGUGAGAGGAAUAAUUGUUUUAGUGAAAUCCAACUAGUUCGUCAAAAAUAUCGAGAAUAAAAAAAUUUUAGCUGCUCAAAGCUAGACUUUAAUCCUUUUUUGCCGCCAGAAAGCCGGCGCUUUUCGCUACCAGUCGGCUAUAACAUAUAGCCUAGUAGUAGCUCAACCAAUCAGAACGCGGCAUUGAUAACAGACCACUAGUUGGAUCUUACUAAUAUUUAAUAGCUUUCUCUCUUUACACACCGUUUAAAAACAAGCAGGUGCGUAUUAUCAGGUUUAAAAACUACGACUGCGAGUUUUUUUUUUUUUUUUCACAGUGAACGGCUUCAUAAUCUCUAUAGAUCAACUCAUUCUUGCACUAAUUCUUAGAUUUGGGGUUAUUUCGGUCUAAAAAACAAAACGUCAAAGUGUAGCCGGUGCAUUUAGUUGUCCGCUUUAUCAGAUAUACUACACUCAUAAACAUUAAUUUCUUCAUUUUUUUUAUGAAUCAUUAAAAAAUGAGUUUUUAUCAAGUUUUUGAACUAGUUAUAAAGCAUCGUAAAACAAACAAUUCAAAACGGACGCGUAUAUCUAAAACAUUAGACACUAGCCUUAAAUUAAAGACGAGAGCGGUCAACAAAAAUAAUACCUGAGAAGGUGCAUUAUAAUCUUUGCGAUUUUGGUGAAACUCUGUUCAACGCAAGGCACUAAUUCGCACUAUAUGUAGCCUGUUCCAGGCGUUCAGAUGGUCGGGAGCGGGCGAAAAAUGGACGUUUCUUUUUGCGCUCGCCGCGUACGAUGUAACUUGCUCCCCACUAUCUAAACGCCUGGGACAGGCUACACUAUAUGUAGCCGAGAAAAUGCCGGCCACAACAGAAUUUCGACUCAGACCCUAAAGAGGAGUGGCACUAUAAUCACGUGACAUUUACUUCGAUCGCCAACAAUUUUAUGCUGUAUUGUAAAUUGAUCUAUAUGUUAUCCAUGCUAUAUGUUAGACUUAUUACGAUCAAAGGAAAGGUGGGGAUACCAGAGAGCUUCAAAGUAGGAUGGUACCCCCAAAAACUGGGUCGAGUCACCUUAAUCGCAAACUAGGAAAUAGAAAAUUUGCAUAUAGUCACCUUUUCAGUCAAAAUAAACGCCCGCCCUGCAGCUAAGCAUUUUCUCUUAUUAUAGCGUAACUGAUCUAACAAAUCUUUUCCUGAUCACUUGUCGGUUUUUACGUUUAUUUUUUUCUAAGCGCGUUGUUGAAUUUAUCAUCAUAGCGCGGAACAGAGUCGAGGAUUCAUAGACUUCAAACAAGCCUGCGAAGUAGGUCAUCUAUCAAAAAGAUGGUACUCGUAAUUUUAAAAGCAAUUUCUUAAGAUCUCUUAAUAACUUCCUUUUCAGCUGGUAUUUCGAUGAUAUUGUUCCCGGGCCAAGGUUGUGCGCCAAAUAAUUAAAGCAAGCAAUUAAUUAAGGGACAUUAAGGUCUGUAACCUGACAAAAUGUUAUCGAAACAAUUUCAGGAAUAUGUCGGCGUCUGACAUAUAAUGUUCUAAAAUGUUCUGCAAUUGGUGUAGAAUUUAAUGAAGCCGAAACCAAUUGUGGAAUUGCACGCAUUUUAGGCAUCCUACUGAUGAACAGUUACGAAAAAUACAUAUAUUUUUUAGCAACUACUAUAAUUUGCAGUCUGUCCACUUUGAAUAUAAUCUUCACUUUGAAUAGACACAGUUGACUCCCGAGAACUCGAACCUCCCACUAACUCGAAGGAAUUUUUACUUUCCUUCUGGACAUCUCUACAUCAUUUUACCCUCGAUGGCUCGAACUAUGUUAGUAGUGGUAGAGGGUCAGAAUUAACCCCGGUUGGUGGAUAGGUAAGGAUAGUUUAGGGAUAGUCUAUGACGUCACCCAUUGUCAUAACCGAGGGAAAAAAUGCCUUCCUCCAUACUAUGAAUAACUGUCUUCCUGCAUACUAAUUCGGUAUAGCUUUACUGAUGAGCGAAUACUACAAUAGGAACAAUAGGCUUGCCUAGGCUUGCCUGUUAAGUAACUUGAGCCUGGUUUGAACGUCUAUUAAAAGGCAAAGAUAGGAAUAAGAGAAGCGAUCACCUAGCAACGCGAGAAACGGCUUACUAUAUCUUAUUUAGCGCUAAAACUCGGAUAUAAAUAAACAAAACACAUACACAAAGUAGAACUGAAAACUCUCUAUUUCAAUUUUGUCUUGUUUGCCCGACUAAAACUACCAAUUACCAUGUCUACCAGACAUGGUAAUAUGUUGCAACUCGUAACUCAUUUUAAUUUUUAUUGGUUGGAGUCUAGCGAAACAUUUGUCUGUACAACAUAAAACCCUUGUGUGUCAUUGUGGAAAAGAACACUUUUUGUGACGCAGUCAAAGUAAGGCACCUCGACUCUACAUUACAGCACGAAGAAUGGUGAACUUAACGGAAGGUUUAUACAUUGCGAUAACAGCUGUAAAUAUUGUUUUCUCCAUCACGGCAUCUCUGGGCAACAUUCUGAUCCUGAUCGCUCUUCGUAAAGUGACUUCUAUUCAUCCGCCGACAAAACUGUUGUUUCAAUGCUUAGCAAUCACUGAUCUCAGCGUUGGUCUCAUUUCCCAGCCACUCAUGGCCACCGUGAUACUCCUGGUUGAUAACAUUGACAUCAAAAUUUGGAAUGUCUUGUUUUUCCAUCUAUUGUGGUCUUCAUCCAUUGCUUUUUGUGGAGUAUCGGUUUUCACAUCAACUGCCCUGAGUGUGGACAGACUUCUCGCCCUGUUUUUGGGGUUGAGGUACAGACACGUUGUAACACUGAAGCGAAUUCGCGCAGUUCUUGCUUGUGGUUGUUUAGCCUCUCUAUUGAUUGUGUUGGUUUGGAAUCAGUUUGGGGGAAAAACCGCCAGGAUUAUAAUUACAAUUUACUUGACACUCUGUCUCAUUAUCUCACUGUUUUCUUACACGAAGAUCGUCCUUAGACUUCGGCAGCAAGGACAAGCGAACACAGGAGGAAGUCCAUUGAACUUAGAACGAUAUAAGAGGACUGUUGUAAGCGUAGCUUUGGUGCAGCUGGCAUUAGUUAUAUGCUAUUUUCCGUUUGAUAUUUUCAAUACUUUGAUUCAUCUAACGGAUAUUCACCCUAGCAUUUGUUUUCUUUUGGAUUUUACGUCUACAACUCUCCUUUUCCUAAACUCGUCUUUAAACCCGUUUCUGUACUGCUGGAGAAUCAAAGAAAUUCGACAAGCGGUGAAAGCCACAAUCAGAAGGUUUUGUGCGUGUUUAAGUCAAGGAACAUCCACUCUAUCUACGAAUCAGUAAAAAUUAUUGUGUAGCAGCAGCUCAUUCUCUCUUUGUAAUAGUAGUGUCAACUGAAAACCAAUAACUGAAGCCAAUAACUUGAAAAAAUCAAUAAACACCAACUUUCGUUAAAGGUUUAUCGAUAUUUGAGAUAAAAUAAAUAAAUAAAUAUUCAGACCCUCCCCCCCUCGCUAAAAAGUUGAAUAACUUCAAAACCGUUCAAGUUAUGACCACCAAACUUAUCGACUUUUCCUAUAAAAGGUUUAUCGAUAUCUGAGAUAAAAUGAUAAUUAAAAAAAGUAACUUUAAUUUUGACCAUGUUUUAGCCAUCAGAACCAUAUUCCUCGUGUUAAAAAUAUGGGCCCAUUUUAUCAAAAGUGAUAUUUUUUAAACUUUCGGUUUCUUUACUGCUUAACGAUAAUCUGGAAUUGUUUUGAAUUCGUGUUGGAUUUCACUUUAUUAACCCUAUUCAGAGACCCCCCCCCCCUCGCUAAAAAGUUGAAUAACUUCAAAGCCGGUCAAGUUAUGACCACCAAACUUAACGACUUUUCCUAAAAAGGUUUAUCGAUAUUUGCGAUAAAAUGAUAAUAAAAAAGUAACUUUUCACCAUGUUUUAGCCAUCAGAACCAUAUUCCUCGUGUUAAAAAUAUGGGCCCAUUUUAUCAAAAGUGGUGUUUUUUAAACUUUCGGUUUCUUUACUGCUUAACGAUAAUCUGGAAUUGUUUUGAAUUUGUGUUGGAUUUCAUUUUAUUAACCCUAUUCAGAGCCCCCCCGCUAAAAAGUUGAAUAACUUCAAAGCCGUUCAAGUUAUGACCACCAAACUUAACGACUUUUCGUAAAAAGGUUUAUCGAUAUUUGAGAUAAAAUGAUAAUAAAAAAAGUAACUUUUCACUAUGUUUUAGCCAUCAGAACCAUAUUCCUCGUGUUAAAAAUAUGGGCCCAUUUUAUCAAAAGUGGUGUUUUUCAAACUUUUGGUUUCUUUACUGCUUAACGUUAAUCUGGAAUUGUUUUGAAUUUGUGUUGGAUUUCAUUUUAUUAACCCUAUUCAGACCCUCCCCCCUCCCCCCUCUCGGUAAAAAGUUGAAUAACUUCAAAACCGUUCAAGUUAUGACCACCAAACUUAACGACUUUUGAUCUGGACUGGAUAAUAGGCCCAAAAUAUGAUAAGGAGGGAAACAAGCCAAUGUGUAAAUUAGAAAGUACUCAAUUCAAUAACGUGUACUUAGUAGUUCUUUGCUUACCUGAUUCCUAGUCGAAUUGGAAUUUAAAACAACCUCGUCCCCAGGGCACUUUUCCUUGGCUUUGGAGGUUGUUGAUAAGAAGAGGGGAAAACCGGAGUGCCCGAAGAAAAACCUGGGAGCAAAAGAGAAUACCGAUAACAAAUUUAACCGACCCAUACAUGGCGACGACGCAAGGAUUUGAACCUGGGCAACAUUGGUUGGAAGUGAGUGCUUUCACAACUCUCACCACCCAUACCCCUCCCAUAAAAUGGCGAUGGAUUUAGAACCUGCCCAACUAUAAGAUAGAUCGCAUUUUAUGGUAAACAUCGACCGGAAAAGCAAAAUGAUAAAUAAAAUAAGAAUUUAUCCAUGUGAUAAGGUUGGUCCGUUGGUCUAGUUGAGUGAUUCUCGCUUAUGGUGCGAGAGGUCCCGGGUUCUACUCCAGGACAAGCCCCAACCUAUUCACCAUUUUCACAUAGACCAACUUGUUUAGCCCUCAAAAUGUUGCAUAACCCUUUUUCUUCGAUUUCUCCUGGGACGACCGCAAUACCCAGAAAAAAUUGGAAACAACAGUUAUGCAAAAUUUCGGGGGUUAAACAAGGUGCAUCAUGGGCCAUGUGAAUAAUUCACCACUUUAUUUUUGUUUUUUUUUUUAUCUUUAUUUUUUCUAUCACUCUUCCUGCCGUAAGGAUCAAUUUACUGUUUAACGUUUAAAUCUUGGUAUGUGAAAAUAGCGAAUUGUGAAUUUAAUUUUCAGGCGUUCACCUUUUUUUGUGGCUCGGGGGCUGCCUCUUCCUCUGGCACUUCGUUUUUCGUAAAGUGGCGAGCGAGAAAGGCGAGUAACACGCGAGUGACUGGUGACGAAACGUAAGGGACCAUGGGAAGGAGAAAAACGAGAAGCCCGAUUUCUACUCUCCGCCCUCCUUUGCGCCCAAAGUUUUAUCGAGAGAGAGACGUAUGGGUACGAGGCUGGCUCGAAGGUUUUUGGUUCUAAGUGGCUAUACUAGAUUUUUUAUUGGCCUGAACCUUCCAAUGUUAAGCCUUAUAACUACGUUGCCUAUUAAAAGAUAUAGAAAACAAGAAGUCAACACAGCUUCAUCCGGAAAAAGAUACUAAAAUUUGUUAUUUGCAGUAUAGACUGCGAGCAGUCUCUUUUUUUCUUUAGAUUUAUUGAGGGAAGUGUCUCUCCCGUUUCGCGCCUUCAGUCACGCGCGUGGUCAGUUGCGUCUCUUGCCCGUUUUGCUCGACGAGCCGAUGCCCGCAGUCUGUUUGCUGUAAAAGAUCAAAAUCUCUGUGGCAAAAUCCGUUAAGUUAUAAAAGAACGGUCGAUCGAUGGUUAGUCUUUGCCGCCUCAAUGGCAUGGGUCCCUAAAAUCUGUAGUCUACCUAAAGCUGCUGAAACUCAGGAAUUUACGGCUUCUCCCAAUAGUUACAUGUAUAUAAACACCGUGACCUGCACUGUUCUAAACCGCUUAUUUCACCGGUCCCCUUUAAUCUGCACUUCCUUUGUUUUCAUGGACAGGGGCAUGGUUAUGUGACAACCCCCAUUGUUUUCCCAGCUAAUUAAAAACAAUCUUUCAAAUAGGUGCGGGAUCGCUCUAUAAACAACGCUAAGUAAAACGACAAGUAUGCAUACAAAUCAGAUUCUUGUUCUAGAUAACGAAAGAGUGAAAUACAACCAGAAAGUACCAGUAACUUGAAGUUGUUUAAAAUUCGUUUGAAUUUGUGUCUUACAAGCGAAGCAAAAUAGACCAGAGAACUUUCAGUGCAAGAACUCUACGUAUACCAAUUGCGGUAGAGAACUGUAAAGUACUAUGCUGAGAUUGUACCUCAACUAAAACUGUUUGUUGAUUUAGACUUCUUACCCAGAAAAGUACUGACAGCAAGUAUCUGUUGCCAUUGAGGUUUGGCGUGAAAGCGUUUCACCGUUCCGGUUUGCGGGUACAUUUUCUCGUUCACAAUUUAUCAAUCGGAUUCAUCCCAUCCGGUGAGCCUCCGUGAUUUUGAAAACACUUUCAACACCGCAUGCACGCACCCUGAGCGCCUCCGAUCCUUAUCGACCAGUCACAAUAAGUGAAAGUUUAGUGGCUGACAGUCUUUCACGGCUACGCAGCUCCUUUUUCUUAGAGCUCUUUCCCAGUCCCUUGGGUUUUAGUUCGUUUCGAUUGAAACUGAAAAUAAAUAUUAUUUUUUAAAUAUCUUUGUUUAAAGCUACUGUGACUUUUUGACAAUUUUAUGUUUUCAUAUACUUACUGAUUACGACUUGCAAAAAAUGACUAAUACUCAAAUUUAAUCAUUAAUAAAGAAAUGAAAAUAAUAAAAAAGAUCCCGGUAAUAAAUAAAUUUGUUAGCUUGAAAAGCGAAUUUUUUUUUUCACAAAUGAAACACUUUUUUGAUUACCACUCUUAAACAGAAAAAGAAGAAAAAAAGCAGAAAAAAAAUGGAGGGUUGGUCCGUGUGAGGGUCGAACUCACGACUUAUCAGCACCACGCUCUGCCAACUGAGCUAACGGACCAAGCUCACGCCAAUUAGAAAUUUUGACCAGUAACUUUAUAAUCCACUGAUUGAAAUUCAAAUGAAAUGCACUUUAAGAAUAAUUGUAUUCUAAAAUUCGGUCAAAAUCUUCUAAUAAGCUCAACUCUUUUUCGGUUGUUUAGAUAUGGCAUUGGAGCUUAGAAUGAACAACGUCGGCGACGGCUACGUGCAAAGUUGUUGUUUUGCUAAUAUAAACCAAUUAGUUUUUUGCCGUUCUCGUUGUCGUCGCCGUCGUCGUUGCCUAAGCUCCCUUUUCUUUUACUGCGUGGGGAAGAGGGUGGAAGAGAAACGGAGUUUGGGCUUUCUUGUGGCUGUAUUUUACAAAUCCUUUUUUGACCAAGCUUGUUCGGUCAAGAUGCUUGGAUGUUGGCCUCGUUCUUUUUUGCGUUUUUAUUGUCCUCGACUGUGUUCGUCUCGGCCCAUAAAAAUGCAAUAAAAGAUUUGCCACUAUAAUUCAGCAAUCUUAACCUCACGCUUGUUCAAUAACGCAUGCGCAUGUGGCAGCUUAACUCUCAGCAAAAUAACUUGUUUACUAAAACAGGUUUACCAACAAAAAUUGUUCAAAAAUGCCUUCUUUGUAUAGUGUCCAAGUACUGAUAUGGAAUUUCCUUUGUAUCAAUUUCUAGUCAACUAGACUGAAAAAGUUGACAUUGUUAGACCGUUUCUAAUAAGAGAGCUUUUCUGAAGGUGAUGAGUUUUUGGCAUAAAUGUAAAACUAGAGAGCCAAUCCCGUCGUGUUUCAUCAAACGUAGGCAAUUUCAAAAAAGAACGGCGCUUAACGAGAAAUAAAAAAAGAGAAAUUUAAUUGGUUUUUCACCCGAAGCGACGGCCGGAAAUGCAGUACAUCUAUGUUCGCACUGGAGAGAUCUAGGGAUGGUAGAGCUUUUACAUAUGGGUUCACGUGACCGAUCUCAUGCCAAAAUGUAUGGACAAAAGUUUAAAAAUAUAUAUAUAGAUGGAAAGAGAAUUGAAAAUAUCAUAGGCCUAUCAAUUUUGAGGCUUUUAAUUUCUCAAAAGCGAGACUCGCUGACGGUUUAAAUAAUGAAUAAAUACAAUCUGUACACUGUACAAAGGGAAACAUCGCUCACGCGUGUGCCUUAAUUGCAAACUAGGAAAUAGGAAAUUUGCAUAUGGUCACCUUUUCAGUGCAAAUCAACGCCUGCCCUGCAGCUAAGCAUUUUCUCUUAUUAUAGCGUAACUGACCUAUAAACCCUAUUCCUGAUCAGCUAUAGUUUUUACGUAUUUUUUUUUUAAGCGAGUAGUUGAAUUUAUCAUUAUAGCGCAUGUAGGUCGUCUAACAAAUAGAUGGUUUUCCAAUAUCUUAAGAUCUCUUAAUAACUUCCUGGUUAGCUGAUAUUGUUCCCAAAUUAGAAUGUUUGGCAAGGUCGUGCGCCAAGUAAGCAAGCAAUUAAUUGAGGGAAAUUAAGGUCUGUAACCUGACAAAAUGUUAUCGAAGCAAUUCGAGGAAUAUGAAUAGAAUACAGUUGAGUAGAAUACAGUUGACCCCCGAUAACUCACUGCAAACUUUAUAAAUUAAGAGUGUAUCAAGAGCAGCUGGUCAUACCUUCCUUCCUUAGACGAAGAUAAGACGUUUCACUGACGUUUGCCCCUCCAUGAUUUAAACUCGAAAACAAUGACAAGUUCUGAAGAAGUGAACAUCACAACUACGCUGACCCAAGUAAUCCCACUGCCAACAGACGUGGCUGUAUUUCUGUCAGCUUUGAAUAUCUUUCUUGCUAUCACAGCUUCCCUUGGCAAUGCCUUGAUCCUGAAUGUUCUCCCCAAAACUUCUCUUCACUCACCAACAAAACUGCUAUUUGGAAACUUAGCGGUGACUGAUCUCUGCGUUGGACUUAUAUCGCAGCCUCUUUUCGUAACAAUUCGGCUUAGCGCCGUUAUAAAGAUGGACUUAGAUAUCCAGUACUACCUUAUGAACAUUGCAAAUGCCUUCGAUUUCAUUUUGUGCGGAGUUUCCAUCCUCACCUUAAGUGCAAUAAGUGUCGAUAGACUUCUUGCGCUUUUGCUGGGAAUAAGAUACAGAGCGAUUGUAAAUUUAAGGCACACUCGAGCUCUUCUGUCAUGUUUUUGGUUAAGUGGGAUUUCUGGUGUAUUACUGAGCUUGUUUACGAGCUUUAGUGUCGCUUCUAUAGUAGGCGUCAUUUUUGUAAUCAUUUCUACAGUCAUCUCGAUUUUUUGUUACACGAAGAUCUUUAUGACACUCAGACAAAACGAAACUCAAGUACAAAAUCUAGGACAACAGAGACGAAUGGGAAUGUCACCUAAUAUAGGGAGAUACAAAAAGACAGUUUGGAGCAUUGCUUGGGUGCAGUUGGCAUUAAUCGCAUGUUAUAUUCCUUUUAUUAUCUCUGCUAUAGUGAUGAAAAUAAAGGAUUCGAGUGGUACUACAGCGAACACUAUUUGGAUAUUUACAUUCAGUCUGAUUUACGUAAACUCUUCAUUGAACCCAAUUCUCUACUGUUGGCGGAUCAAAGACGCGAGACAAGAAGUGAAGGCCAUGAUCAGACGGUUCUGUUGCCGCUCAAGUUAGGUUAGACAGAUAGAACGACAGUAUUUUAAAGUGGCUAUGUCACGAAUAUUGCUCUUUUAGGUCAGUUCUGUGCUGACCUUAUCACUACGUGCCUUUAACCAUAUCCAAAAUGUUCCAUUAGAGCCGGAUUUAAUUUGAAGAUGUCAAAUAUAUUUCAUUGGGAAGCAUUAACCAUAUAAAAUAUUUAUGUGAUUAACCGCUCUUGGCGCUUAAUAAUGUUUAAUUAGGACCUUGAGAGUGGGCGCUUACUCGAAGUGGGCGUUUAUUCAAGGCUGGGCGCUUAUUAAAUUUAAUUCACCGUUUUCAGCAAGUGUAGUAUGUUUAUUUUGCAACAAAACAAUAAAUGGUAAUAACGAAACGCGAAGAUGUAACAAAGCAAGGUUUCUGUAAACUACCCCUACUCUGAAGAAAACUCCGUCUUCUGGGAAGUCUCUUUAUAUUAGUACUUAUUCAAUUUCAAUCUCAUGGCACCCAAGUGGGUGGGGUGGGGGUGGGCGAUCGAGGCUGGCCGCUUGUUAACUUUUUCUGCCUUUGGGAUGGGUGCUUAUUCGAGGUGGGCGCUAAUUCGAAUAAAUACGGUAGUUUUGUUUGGUUAGCCUGUACACAGACGUUUUAUUUUCUUUUCGUUCAUUUCGAGUAGGGCAAAAUGUUGGCUUAGGGGAAGGGUAGGUGGGCAGUUUCCCAGAAACGUAAAAUGAUCCACAGUGGAUUAGUUUCAAUGCCUAAAUAUAGACUUAAAUAAGAAAACUGGGCUAUUAUUACCGGGGCCUAGCCGAAGGCUGGCACCGGUCAUAAAAUGCAACGCGUUUCUGUGUUUUCAAAGUUACUUUGUUAGGGAUAUAUCGCUGACUGAGAUAUAUCGCUGGCUCGUUCACGGCUUUUGGGAGUGUUCGCUGAGAUAUAUCGCUGGUUCAGAAAUUUGAAGUAGGGAGCAACAACUGUAACCAUGUAAAUAUUAAUUCGAUUAGUUUGCGCACGGAAUGGUUUAAUGCGACUAUAUUUACCACUCAUCAAUAAAUGAGAUCCCUGUCUAUUGCAAAAUAUUGUUACAGUGUUCAUCCUAGCGACGACAAAGCUUGGUCGACGUAGAACUGUGUACACUACGACAAAGCAAAAAUCUUAACUUAUUAAACUUGCAUGCGCCAAGCUUUGUUUAUGCGUUUCAGUACCUUACAAUUCGCACUCCCAACAGGAAACUUCGUCAAAUAUUUUCCGACGAACAAGUAAAACUCAUUAGGAGGAAGUCUAUCACUGCUUUGACUUAUGAAGCAACAAAACAAAAUAUUUUCAAAUAACCUUUGUCACGCAAUAUUUACUUUAGCGAGAUGCGCAAAUUCUCAACUGUUCAAAAUUCGGGAUUCCCUAACAUUUUGUCUUUUCACAUUAUUCAUUACACCUUGUUUUCAUCUCUAAAGAAUAUUUGCAAUAAAAAAGAUUUUCAUGUCGCCCGACAAACUUGUUGAUGAAAAAGGCCCUUCCACGUGGGUUGCCAACACAAAAGUGGCCCCCGUAAAAUUCACGAAGUGAUUCUUGUUUCGGAAUGAAAUUGAUGCGAAGGCACGUUUAGGCUUAAAGAUAGCAAAUAACGUGAUUUAUGCCCUUUAAAAAGACGUGUAUGGUUGAAAAAAAACGUUAUGUAAUAUUAGAUAUCCCUUAAAUCUAGUAUCGAGGUCAUUCUGAGGGUUUCCAGUAUAAUAUUCAAUAGCUUAUUAAAUUCUCUCUUUACGUACCGUUUAAAAACGAGCAGGAGUGUAUUAUCAGGUUUAAAAACUACGACUGCGAGUUUUUUGUUGUUGUUGUUUUUUUUUUUCUUAACGAUGAGCGGCUUCAUAAUCUCUAUAGGUCAACUCAUUGUUGCACUAAUUAUUAGAUUUGGGUUAUUUCGGUCUAAAAACAAAACGUUAAAGUGUAGCCGGUACAUUCAGUUGUCCACUUUAUCAGAUAUACUACACUCACUCAUAAACAUUAAUUUCUUCAUUUUUUUAUGAAUCAUUAAAAAAUGAGUUUUUAUCUAGUUUUUGAACUAGUUAUAAAGCAUCAUACACAAACCUAUUAAAUUCAAAACGGACGCGUAUAUCUAAAACAUUAGACACUAGCUUUUAAUUAAAGACGAGAGCGGUCAACGAAAAAAAUACCGGAGAAGGUGCAUUGAAUUUUAAAAGGCUAAUAUCCAAACAAUUUAAAUUGGCAAAGGACUUUGCAAUGUCAUCAACAUCUGCUACUUUAUGUGCUGUUUUGAAGGAACCUGGGAACGAGGUUGGGAACAUUGCAUUCGUAAGCGUUUCAAAUAUGACCAUCAGUGCAGCUUGAAUUUCAUGCUUUCUUAUAUCUUUUUCUUUCUAUCUGUCUCCAUGCUUAUUGUUGUUAUUGUUACACUCCGUGGGUUCAGCGAAUAAAACGUUCUGCAAUACACACUCGUCCGAUCCGCUCUCACGCUCGACAAGCCCAAAUAUCGCAGCCCCAUAUUUAGAAAGCAGCAUGCGGCAUCACACUACACUCAAAUCAGCUGGGAUUUCGAUGAUAUUGUUCCCAGGGCAAGGACGUGCGCCAAAUAAUUAAAGCAAGCAAUUAAUUGAGGGAAAUUAAUGUCUGUAACCUGACAAUAUGUUAUCGAAGCAAUCCCAGACAUGUCGGCGUCUGACAUAGAGUGUUCUAAAUUAUCUGCAAUUGGUAUAGGACUUAAUGGCGCCGAAACCAAUUGUGGAAUCGCACACGUUUUAAUCUUCACUUUGAAUAGAAUACAGUUGACUCCCGAUAACUCGAACCUCCCACUAACUCGAAGUAAUUUUUACUUCCCUUUAGGACAUCUCUAUAUCAUUUUACCCUCGGUGUCUCGAACUAUGUUUUAAAUGCCACUUGUAAACCAUUUUUACUUGAUCCAAGUGAAAUGGCAAAGAGUUUUCCUUUAUCGGUGUUUUGUAAUGGAAUUUAAAGAGUUCCUCUUAGAAAAGAUAUGCAUUUAGCAAUGCAAAAAAAUUCAAACCUUUGUUCACGAAUUUGUGAUGUUCUUACGGUGCACGUUUUCAGAAAAAAAAAUAUAUAUAUAUAUAAAAAACCUCUCACUUUUCAGAUGAGUUCUCCCUAAUUGAACAUGUUGACUUGACGGGUAAAUUGACUGAAAACAUAUGACGUUUGCUCAACUAAAACUACGCUCCCCGACGUGGUAAUAUGUUGCCAUCGUAACUAAUUUAUAAAUUGGUUGGAGUCUAGCGAAACAUUAAGUAAUAUCAUUGUACACCUGUCAACUUACUUUACGUUUGUUACCACACGUUUCUGAUAGGUGUGUUAAAUAAACAAACGCAAUUUAUACAACAUAAAAACCUUGUGUGUCAUUGCGGAAAAGAACACUUUUUGUGAAGCAGUCAAAGUAAGGCAUCUCGUCUCCACAGUUAGAAAAAUGGUGAACUUGACGGAAGGCGGAAACGUCACUGUCAUGAAGACACUGCUUUCUGCAAACAUACGUGUAGGUUUCUACAUUGCGAUAGCAGCUGUAAAUAUUGUUCUCUCCAUCACGGCAUCUUUGGGCAACAUUCUGAUCCUGAUUGCUCUUCGCAAAGUGACUUCUAUUCAUCCGCCGACAAAACUGUUGUUUCAAUGCUUGGCCAUCACUGAUCUUGGAGUUGGUCUCAUUUCCCAGCCACUCAUGGGUGCCAACUUCCUGGCUGUUUAUAUUAAAAAUCUUGACUUCAAAAUUUGGAAUAUUUCCUUGUACCCUCUACUCUGGUCUUCAUCUAUCAUUUUUAGUGGAGUAUCCGGUUUUGCAUCAACUGCCCUGAGUGUGGACAGACUUCUCGCCCUGUUUUUGGGGUUGAGGUACAGACACGUUGUAACACUGAAGCGAAUUCGUGCAGUUCUUGCCUGUUGUUGGUUAACCGCUCUAUUGACUGUGUUGGUUUGGUAUUUAAGGGAAAACGCCGCCAUGAGUAUGAUUAUGAUUUCGUUGACACUUUAUCUCAUUAUCUCGCUGUUCUCGUACACGAAGAUCGUCAUUAGACUUCGGCAACAUCAGUCCAGUGUACGAGACAGUGUUCAGCAAGGACAAGCGAACACAGGAGGAAUGCCAUUGAACUUAGAACGAUAUAAAAGAACUGUUGUAAGCGUAGCUUUAGUGCAGCUGGCAUUAGUUAUAUGCUAUUUUCCAUUUAAUAUUUUCCUUACUUUUGUUCAUCUGAAGGGUAUUCACCCCCGUCUUUAUUUUAUUUUGAAUUUUACUGCAACUCUAGUUUUCCUAAACUCGUCUUUAAACCCGUUUCUGUACUGCUGGCGGAUCAAAGAAAUACGACAAGCAGUGAAAGCCACAAUCAGAAGGUUUUGCGCGUGUUUAAGU